AUGGCCGUGGGGGGGCCGCGUCCCGUCCGCCACGCUGCAGCGGGACAGACGCCCGGGCUGGGCCGCAUGGAGUCCCUGGGGCGGGGGGCUGACCAGAGGAGCCCCCUGGCUGUCGGAGCUCAGGCCCUGGGGGAGCGAGAGAGGAGGAGGAGGGGGAGGGGGGGGGGCGUGAGGUGCUCCAGGAGAGCGUGCGUCCUGCUGAGCUCGCUGGCCGUGGUCUUCCUCACCUCGCUCUUCUUCUCCGUGUCGCUGCGCGGCGCCGUGGGCUUCAACUACCUGGAGGCGCCCGGCUGGGAGGAGUCCCGGCGGGUGAAGCUGGUGCCUAGCUACGCCGGCGCCCGGCGCCCGGCGCUGCCCGCCGACAGUGCCGGCGGCGGUGUCGUCGGCCCCCCCAAGCAGAGGACGUGCGCCUGCCCGCGCUGCGUGGGCGACCCGGGGGUCUCCGACUGGUUCGAUGAGAACUACGAGCCGGACAUCGCCCCGGUGUGGACCAAGGACAACAUCGAGCUGCCCUCCGAUGUGUACUACUGGUGGGUGAUGCUCCAGCCCCAGUUCAAGCCCCACAGUAUCCACCAGGUGCUACUGAGGUUGUUCCAGGUAUGUAUAUUACUCCAGUGCCUCUCUCUUUAAUUCAAUGACUUAACUGGAAUCCGCCCGCAAUCAAUGCCUUGACACACUCACGCCCUCGGUCAGUUUGAUU